AUGGAGUCCACAAGGCUUGUUUCGCGACUGCAGCGGAUGUAUUCCAGGGUCGGGAUACAUACCUUCCCCCGGUCGGGGAUGCAGUCAAGUUCACGAGCCAGCUUUCCUCUUCCCUCCCAGCGUGUCUCCUUUUUCCCACCUCGACAAGCCGCCUGCUUCUCAACCACCAAGCCACCAGCGUGUGCUAAUACAGACGCAGACCGCUUCACCUCUGCUCUGCACCAGAACAAAGACUGGGCAGCACAGAUCUCCAAGGAAGACCCCUCACUGUUCCCAACGCUCGCGAACGGCCAGCAGCCCGAGAUCCUCUGGAUCGGCUGCUCCGAUUCCCGAUGCCCCGAAACCACUCUUCUUGGUCUUAAGCCGGGCGAUGUCUUUGUCCACCGGAACAUCGCCAACGUCCUGCACGCCGGCGACCUCAGCUCCUCUGCCGUGAUCGAGUACGCGGUCCGUUACCUGCGCGUCAACCAUGUAGUCCUCUGUGGUCACACCAGCUGCGGUGGUGUCGCCGCGGCCCUGGGUAACAAACAGUUGGGAAUCCUGGACCCUUGGUUGCUGCCCCUGCGCCAGCUCCGGGCCAAGAACCUGGAUCUGCUGAACUCGCUGCCGGCUGAUCAGGCGAACCUUAAGCUGGUUGAGCUGAAUGUCUUGGAGGGAGUCAAGCUGUUGAAGGAGAAGAGCGUGGUGUUGGAGGCGAUCCAGGAACGUGGGCUGCAGGUCCAUGGGCUGAUUUAUGAUGUCGGAAGCGGUGUUCUUCGGGAGUUGGACACGGACGAGUCGGAGGAGGCGAUCAAGGCGCGGCUCACAUCGUUCAAGGUGGAUGUUUAG